AAUGCCAAAUAAGUUAUUUUGUUAUGAUUAUUUUUUCAACAGUGUUAAAGAAUAUAUUAUACGGAGUAUGUAUUUUUCUAAAUUAAUUUAAAAUAUUAUAUUAAGAUAAUUUAUAAAAUCAUCAAAAAUUUCAUUCAAUUUCGUGCUUAGAACGAGAUAGAAUACUAGUUUCUUUUAUGAAAAAAGAGGUUGAAAUAUUGAAAGAAAUUGGGAGCCAAAGCUUAUCAUAUCUCCCUCCCCUCCCCUCCUCUCCUCUCCUCUCCUCUCCAUCUGAUUCUGCGGUCUCUUUCUCUUUUCUAUCUUCUCCAAAUCUCACCGAAAAUGGCUUCCACUCUAUCCACAGCUACCCUGCGUUCUCCUUCUCAUCCCAGUCCUUCUGCAUUAAAUUCAUUGCUUUCUGGCCCCUCCUUUCCCAAACAAUCACUGAAAUUCCCCCCCCGGCCCCCGAGACUCAACCGCCGAGCGACACUCCUCCGCCCUCUCGCCGCCGUAGACGCGCCCGAGAAGGUGGUGCAGCUCGGGAACGAAAUCUCGAACCUCACUCUCUCUGACGCCCAGAAACUCGUCGAGUACCUUCAGGACAAGCUCGGAGUGUCUGCCGCGAUGAUGGCUCCAGCCGCCGCCGUCGCUGCUCCGGGAGGUCCCAGCGCCGCCGAGGCCGCCCCUGUCGUGGAGGAGAAGACGGAGUUUGACGUGGUGAUUGAAGAAGUGCCCAGCAAUGCGAGGAUUCCGACUAUCAAAGCAGUUAGGGCUUUGACGAACCUGGCUCUGAAAGAGGCCAAGGAAUUGAUCGAAGGGUUGCCGAAGAAAUUCAAGGAGGGAGUGUCUAAAGAAGACGCUGAAGAAGCCAAGAAACAACUCGAAGCAGCCGGAGCUAAAGUAUCAAUUUCUUGAAAUCCUCCAUUGAAAGCAAAGGCAAUGUUCUAUCUCCCUCUUCUCUUUGUUUAUUUUUGAACAAUUCAAAUUUACUUGUACUCGUUUGCUGCUAGUACUAGACUUGUUGGAUUCACAUGCUAUGUGUUUUGAGGCAUGGAAAGUUUCCCAAUCUCUCAUUCUCAAUUGUACCAUUUAAUUAAAUCUCAACCACAAAGAUAGUGUGGAAGAAGAAGAAGAAGAUGAUGAUGAUGGUGAAACUGUUAAGUAAAUAUAUCUUGUGAUCGGCGUUUUUGAGCGAUCGCGGCGAGGAUGACGAUGCUUAUUAUUUUUCUGACACCUCUUGUAUGAGGGGAGCCGUCAAAAGCUCCUCGCUGAGCAGAUUAAGCAAUGAUCUGAGCCUCUUCUCAUCAUCUCUCUGUUUCUGCUUAUUUAAUUUUUAUUUUUUCAAAAAGUAAAUAUCUUCGAUAAUC